AUGGAGCCGCUGCAGCACCGCCUCGCCGGCUCGACUCCCUUGCUCUUCGAUACCUUUCAGCUGUCGGGCAAGUGCCCAUCCGUCCGUCGCUGUGAAGGUUGCGAGCAUGUGUUGCUGUCCCGAGUGCCGCGAUGGAAUGCCCCCUAUUUCGGUGGGUGGGAGAGCCGGAGAGCCUCGUGUGCGUAUGUCGAAGCUGCAGCCGUGCAUGUGGACGGGGAGCCCAGCUCUGCCGAAAUCAGUCCCAGUGGCAUCGCAGCCACGCAUUUGGCGGCACGGCGUGUCCGAAGCGCAGCAUCAGCAUCAUCACCACCUGCAGCUGCAGCCGCCGCCGCCGCCGCCGCCGCCACGACGUUGCAAGCUCACCAUCACCUCCCUUUUACAAUCACGCUGGCCAUCGUCAUCCGAUCCACGCAUUUCUGCCACGCACGCAUCUCCGCCCAUCGGCUUCACCGUGCGUCGCCAGCAAAGAAGCAAAAGAGCCGUGAUUCGUUGCGUCGCGCAUUCCCGACCCACCUUGCAAACCCUAUCUUGCGUAGGGUAGCAUCAAGCGCGCGCGCCUUCAUCCGACACCCACCCGGCUUCAUCUCGCUCCAUCUCUUUCUCUCAGAUCAAAGCAGAGCUCGGACGCACGCAUCCAUGCCGCAACAACGCAGCGGCGCGCAAUCGCCCAACGCAGCCGUCUACAGGCGCCAGUCUCCUAGUCUUGUCUCGUCUCAUACACACUCCUUUUCCUUGUCGCCGACUCUCGUUUUGGCACUCGCAAUGGCCGCACCCGUCAACGACACGCCACCCGCUCCUGCUUCUGCUCCUGGCCCCGAAUCGCCACCGCCAUCAACACCACCGAAACAAAUCGCUGGUGUGCCGCGCUCGCCUCAAUCCAACAACGCCUCCGCUGGCACUGACACUGGCACUGGCACCACCGGCUCCGCCGCCUCUCCUGCCAAUGGCGCCGCCAACGCUUCCAACCCCAACAGCGACACGAGGCUGACCACCAGCUCCACCACCUCCUCUACGCCUUCCUCGACCACCACCUCUUCCACCCCCUCGUCCACCUCGACUACAUCCUCGAUCCCCAUCACCACCUCCACCUCCUCCUCGGCAGCCCCGACCACUUCGUCCACCAUCCCCUCGACCUCCUCGGCUCUUCCCACCACCUCGUCUUCCAUCGCAUCCAUCACCUCGGCCUCCACCGCCUCAUCCACCCCCAUCCCCGUCGUCACCGUCACCUACACAAGCACAGGCACCGAUGGCGCCGUCGUCACCGGCGUAAGCACCUCGUCCAAUCCAACCGCCACGAGCGGAAGGAGCUCCGGCUCCUCCAGCGGCUCCAGCCCCAACCUCGGCGCCAUCAUCGGAGGCGUCGCUGGCGGCGUCGCAGGCCUCAUCAUCCUCGUCUGGCUGAUCCUGCUCCCACUCCGCAAGCGCGCCAAAAAGGCAAAGGAGGUCGAGUGGCUCACCUUUGGCCAGGAGAACGACCACGUCAACGAGUCGUCCGCAGAGGCCGUCUACGGUCGCGGCGCCGGUGGCGGCAGCGGCGGCAGCGGCGAGGGCAAGAUGGGCGGAUCCGUCGCCAACGUCAACGAGAUCCAGAUGGACGACAUGGAACACGAAAUGGCACAGCAGCCCUACCACUACCAGAACGUCGACAAUGGCGCCGGCUGGGCCGCAGCAGGUGCAGCAGGUGCGGCAGGCGCAGGUGCAUACGCGCACUCGCAUGCGCAGCACGACCAGUACGGCAACGCGCACGACGGCUACGACGCCUACUACCACGCGCAGCAGCAGGGCUACGGCGGACCGCAGUACCAGCAGUACGCCAUGCAGUCGCACCAGGGCUGGGCGGGGCAGCCGCAGGUGGCCUACCCGUCCGAGGCAUGGGGCGCCGCUCCGGGCUACACGAGCCCCGUCCAGUCGCAGACGCACGCCAACGCCGGCCUGCAGCACAGCCUCUCGGUCGGAUCCACCAAGGUGGGCGGCGCGCCGCGAACCGCGUCGGCGGGCGGCGGAUCGCAGUCGGGACACGCCAAGGGCUCGCAGGAGGGCCACGGCGGCAGCCAGUACGGCGGCGGCUACACUUCUCCGCCGCUGGGCGCGCAGUCGCCGCAGCAAUUCCCGCAGCACUACCAGGGCCACCCCGCCGCAUCGUCGCCGCCGCAGCACGCACAGUACUACCACGGCCAGCAACAGCCGCAGCAGCACGACCAGCAGCAGGCGUACUAUGCCGACCAGCAGCAGCACGACCAGCGCUCGGGCUCGCCUGCAUCAGGACAUGGCGCUGGCGGUCUUCACCUCGCCAACCCCUGA